AUGGCCACUGGUCAAAUCAGAAGCAAGGAUUCGUGCCUUCUGUCCUUCACCAGCUUCACUGUGUGCCGUCCGACGCCCUCCCCGGCUUCUACCCGUUCAGAUCACCAUUGCACGCACCAGGAUGAACCAAGCCCCGACGGACCAGCCAUAGAGGCCGUAUCGGUCAAAACGGCAUCGGCCCUGCGAUACCUGUCGACGGCGGAAGCAGUCCUGUCGUGCACCUUUGUGCAACCACCGCCGAAGAAGCGGCGCGGAGUGCAGCUGUCUGAGACGUUAGUCACAGCUGACCCCUUACAGACCGACCCCGGCACGCCGCAGCCAACAGACCUGGACUGGACCCUGGAUGGGUUUCCAGUCACUGCCUUCCAGAUCUUUGGUCAAGACUUUGAGGAUUUCAGCCAGCUUCCAUCCAGCUCGCUGUUUCCCUCCCACUACGACCUGCCGUUCCCCACAAACGAGCUUUGCACACCAGAUGAUAGCUUGAAGCUCCCGCAGAAUGAACGAGAGAUCAGCCCGGAGACGACUGCAGUCAGCCAGUCUACCUCAGACUCUGCGGCUGCUCUCUAUCGAGACCAACUCGCAGGUGCCGAUGCUGCUCAAAGACAGCGGCAAGGGAAUGACGCCGGUCUCUCAUCUUCGGGGCAAUCCCUAGACGACGCCAAAGGGUUCAUCUCGCAAUAUCUUGGAUUUUCAGGCGAUCUCGAAACCCAGAAGAUCUUCAAGUCUAAUUACCGUCGAGUCUACAAAGGUAGUCCCUCUGCCGUUCCGAGUGGUGAUCUUACCCUCCCGGUUCAUUUCAUCCAGUAUCCUUGUGAAAUCAACCGUUCCGCAAAUCAUGUCUUGGAGAGUCUCAGAAUUCAGGAGGAAACCGACCGAGCAAAGCUAGAAGAGUUGGUGCUUCCCGAAUUUGGGCCUCGUCUUGUUGGGCUGUUUUUUCGAUACAUCUUCCCAAGUUUUCCUGUGCUCUCACGAACCUGCAUGGGCCUACGCUCAGAGACCCUGAUUCCAAAUUUGAGUGCCCAACGAACGGUACCUUCAUCUCUGCUGGCCGCGGUGUAUGCUCUUGCAGUACCUUUCUGCCGCUAUGACCCCGUGCUCUGUGUCUCGCAUAUGCUAAAUAUGCCCCCAACAGCCGACUUGUGGGCGGCUGCACAGGAAGGAGCCCUCCGAGAAACAGAGAAUCCACGCUUGUCCACCCUACAGACUGCCCAACUUUGUCUUCAAAGACCAUUAGAUAGGGGCGAUACGGCCAUGAAAUUUUCAUCUCGUCAGGCCCUCCUUAGUUUGAUUGUCUCCCUUUCCGGCAAAUUCGGCUUACACCUCGAUUGCAUAUCCUGGUCUAUUUCAGCAUGGGAAAAAAGACUGCGCCGCCGGUUGUGGUGGAUCAUCUUUUCGGAAGCGACCUGGAGCAGCUUACUCGCCGGCCAUCCACAUCCCAUUUCCGAUGAUGACUGGAUUAUGACUCCUUUAACUAGUAAUGACUUUGUUAUCGACAAUAUCUUUUGCCCGAGCGAAGAAACGAAUCGAAGACCACGGGCCGAUCAGGAGCCUUGCUUACAUUGUCACAGCGGAUACGAUUUCAAACUCCUCGCUACCUUAUCUGUUAUUGCAAAUGAUGUUUUGAAGACCUUCUUUACGCUGCGUGCAACCCAGCAGAUGGGGUCCGAUAUGAAUGCAUCACUGGAAGCAGCGCAACGACUUAUCCGUCAAUUAGAGCUGUGGCACGCAGAUCUCCCUUCUCAUCUUCGCGCGGAUUCAACUCGGCAGGCAUCUACACUGCAGAGUUCUUUCCAUUCCGCUUCUGGAGCCCGUCUUCGGCUCUCAUAUCUAACUCUCGGGAUUUUAGUCUAUCGGGCUGUCUUUCGAUCACUUGUUACAUCUACCUCCUCCCCAUCCUCGGCUCCAGCCUCGGUCUCGGCCUCAUUUCCACAACAAUCUCGCUCUGAUUCCGCAUUUAUCUUGCAGUUUAAGGUUGCAGCAACAGAUUGGCUGGAAAAUGUUAUAAUGUACACUGAAACCCUCACAGCUCGUGAUCAGAGUAGCUUUUGGUUCUCCUACAAUGCAAGGAAUGUAACCCGUCGUAUGAAGUAUGUACUCACUUCAAUUGUUUCCUUGGCAGGCAUGGCAGCACCUCUGGGAAGCACAAUUCUCAUGCCUGUUAUAAAAGAUAUUGCAACUGCCUUCGGCACAACAGCGACUGUUGUCAAUCUAUCUGUCGGUUUCUACUCACUAGCUGUGGCAUUCACGCCGCUUUGGUGGUCAUACUUUUCGGAAAGAUACGGUCGACGAGCUAUCUACCUGAUAUCAUUUUUCCUUCUUGUUGUUUUCAAUGUUCUGUCAGCUGUCAGUGUCAACAUUGGCAUGUUCAUCGCCAUGCGCAUCUUGGCAGGUGGUGCGUGUGCCUCUGUCCAAGCCGUUGGUGCUGGGACUAUUUCUGAUCUGUGGGAUGUCAAGGAGCGAGGGAGUGCUAUGGGAAUAUUCUUUCUCGGACCAAUGCUCGGGCCCUUGCUGUCACCUAUAAUCGGAGGUGCCGUUGCUAUUGAAUGGGGCUGGCGAAGCACACAGUGGGUCAUGGUCAUCUAUGGAGCUUUGGUCUUCAUCUUGGUCCUCUUCUUGCUCCCAGAAACUUCUACCCUACAACACAGGCCAAGGAAUACCGACGGUGGUUCGUCUCUUGCGGUUUAUGCCCAUAUUGAUAACGUGUUCUCAAGCGCGCCAUAUUCUUACUCUGCCUUGAUAGUGGGACUGACAUACAUUCCCAGCGCCCUGGGGGCCAUUAUUGGAUCUUUCUGUGGAGGAAGAUGGACGGAUUACAUCAUGCGUCGAGAAGCAAAUAAGGCCAAGCGAUACAACGAAAAGGGAGACCUUCAGUUCAUCCCCCAAGACCGCAUGCGGGAGAACGUCUGGAUUGGAGCCUUACUGUAUCCUGCAGCGAUGGUAUGGUUCGGAUGGACGGCAGAUAAGGGCAUUUUCUGGUUGGUGCUCUGUCUGUCAACUUUCUUCUACGGCUUGGGAAUGAUGCUGGCUUCUAAUGUGAUGACUACCAUGCUUACUGAAUUCGUACCGAAACGAUCGAGCACUGGAGUCGCUGUUAACAAUCUUCUGCGGAAUACCUUAGCAUGCGUGGCUCUUGUUGUUGCGGAUCCGCUGAUCAAAGCCAUUGGAACUGGGUGGCUGACGACAAUAGCUGCGAUAAUCUGCUGGAUCGGUUCUCUUGCGCUGGUUCCAAUGAUAUACAAGGCUGACAAAUGGAGUAAAGAAAUGGCGGAGAAACUUUCCAAGGUGUCUAUCUAG